UAACUUUCGAUAUAGAAUGAAAUCCUACAAAUAUAAACGUUCUAACGGAUGUUUAGUUCUUUUAAAUAAAGGAAAUAUUAAAUAUACCUAUAUACGGUAUACAAUGAGAAAAUAAUGUAACCUGGCAUAAGAUAUAUAGACUAGGGUGAGAGUGUAGGCCCGGGUAGUGGACACAAUAAGAUAUGUGUAGGACCUUGGUAUCGAUCAUUGUGGCUUAUCUACACACGGCGGGCGACGAUCAAUAAGGGAAGGUAAUAGUAAAUAGAGCGUUAUUUGUAUACACAGAACUUCCGACCAGACAAAUCCGCAGACGGUCUUACAUACAUGAUAUAGUCAAUUUUGGUCAGGUGAGAAGAUCACUCUCGCUCAGGUGUGUUUUAAAGAUUAACUUCUGUGUGACAGGGAUUCUGAUAAAAGGUUACGUUGGAUGACACUACAUCAACAUGUCCGCAGAGAAACAAUUGACCAUGCAGGCGUUAAUGGAUCACGACAGAGUCCAGCCAAAGUUCAAGGCCACCAAAGGUCCAGCAACACACACGUCAUCAAUCAAAGAUAAGAAAGAGGAGGGAGAAGAAAGACGCCCUCGACUCACCUCGACAAGUGAAUCACAGAAAUCAGUCCAAACACCCAAGCCGACUGGAAUGAACUUUUUCAAACUAGUCGCUGCAACAAGAGCAUGGCAAAGAUUGGCAAAGAAAAAGGCAGCACAAAAUGCUAUCGCAAAGCCGGCCAUACAAUACGAGAAUACCUACAGACUGGAGCCUACGGAUGGAGCAAAAUUCAUACCAUCAAAAGUAGAAAAUGUGAUAAAAGACAUCUUAGAAGCCCGACUUCGUGACUUUAAGUACCGUGCAAUGUUUGUGAAAAACUUGACAACCGAUCUAUCUAACGUAAUAAACCAGAGAGUGAAGGCCUUGGGUUUCCCACGCUAUAAAUUUGUUUGUAACGUGGUGAUUAUGGAAAAUAAACACCAAGGAGUGGAAGUCGCGAGCAGGUGUGUUUGGAACCCCAGUACCGACAACUUCGCCACCCACACUUACAGGAAUGCGACAACAAUUGCGACUGCGCAUGUGUACGGAGUUUACUUUGAAUAAGCAUUUAUGAUAAAUAGUUAACUCUCACUCAUAUCCAGCCACCGAUAAUUAGGAUAAGGAAUACAUUUGGCAACAUAUUUACGAUGUUGUGCUGAUUGCAUUGUUAUUUAUUGUACUGAAAGACCUCUUUUGAAAGCAUUUGUUUUAAAUUACUAAGAAAAAAAAUCAAUUAUAUAUCUUUAAAUAAUAAAAUGCCAAAAGUUGCUUUUAAAUAAGUGUAUUUGAAACGAUGUGUACGAUUUAUUAAAUCAUGCUGUAUCAGGCAAGUUUAAUUUGAAACCUGUCAAGCUACACUGUUUUUAAAGUAUCAAAACGACCAACACAAAGGUUCUACGCCAUUUUUUAAAAAGAGCCAAAAAUCUUAAGAUGCCCUUCUCUAUACUCCAAAAGACAUUAUGCAAGAAUAUUGGACGCUUUUAAUAGUGUAGUAUGUUUCCUGUGAUAUAUACCAGAGCUCCUGUAUACAAAGUCAUUAUAAAUUGACCACAGCGAAAUGUAAAACUUUAGUCAAUUUAUUUUGUAUAUAAAACAUUUUCUUUAGAUAUAAAGUGUAUAGAGUCCUGGUCCUAGAGAUGUAUAUUGGUUUAUAAUUGGUUUUGCAGAUUUGCGCGGUUUGGAGAUUAAUUUAAGCAAUAUGUGGACUGUUAUCAUCUGCCUAGCCGUCCCUUGGGGUUUCUUUCUAAUAAUCCUUAAAGCAAGCUAAAACAUUUCAAUUUAGAUUAAAAUAAAGUUUUAAUUUUAUCUGGUUUUGAGAUGUUCCCCAGUGACUACAUGCAUCUCUUCCGGCUGUCGUUUCUAAGGAAGCGAUGAAAUUUUAGUUUUUGCAUGCUUGGUCAAUAGUAUGGGUAUCCAUGGGUAUAAAAAGUGCAUUACCUGUCAAACCGGUUAUCAUUCUACAAUUGAACGUCCUGUAAUUCAAUACACUGUGCACCCUGAUCGGCAACCGAUAUCAAACAUCAAACGCACUUACCUGAAGACUUCGAAACGCUGGUGUUACUUAUCGCACAUUCAAGAAGCAUUGUGUAUCCAAAUUUAAGCCAUAUCACUGAAAAUAUUCCAAUAAAUGAAUGAGUGAAACCAACUUGGAGAAUGUGACGAACAGAAUGUCUCAUCUCGUAGAUGUUAUUGUCCAGUGGGAGGUGACAAGCUAAUCUUUCCUGGCUAAAAUGAGAGACACACUAAAGGAUUAUGUGAUCUUGGAAAGUAUCUGAUAGCGGCAAAUAAGCGCCGAUCAGAUAUAUGACAGUUUGUAUGUGUGUAUUGUUCAUUCUCCUGUGACCACAGGGGCGAAACAAACGAGUUUUCAAUGUGUAAGCCCAAUAAUAAAAUUUGCUGCCGAAAGCAACACACCGAAGCGCGCAGCGCGAGGAUGGGGAGGGUAUGGGAGACAGGCGCGUAGCUGUUUUUUUUUCUUAUGUGCAUGCAGAAAGUCGCACCGAAGGUCCGAAUGCGAGCGCCGAAUGCGAACGCCAGAGGCGCAAAGCCAUUCUAGGGGGGUACGGGGGCAUGUCCCCCGGAUUUUUUUUAGAUCUAGAAGCUCUGUCGUGCCAUCUGGUGGCUUUUUAGAAACAUUUUUGAGUGUUUUAAAUUAUUUUACAGACAACAUUUUUUGGUUGAUUCAUUCACUUGGUUAUUGGAAAGCAUCGCAAAAAUUCAAAUGUAUUUCAAAUGCGAAAGAUAGCUCUCCUUUUUUUCUCCGGCAAAAAUGUGUCGAUUGUUGGAAUUACCCGAAAAUAUCCUUUGCGUCAUAUCUCUUUCCUGAUGAAUCUAAAUUAACUAGAUAUUUAAAAUGUCGGAGCCAACAUGAACAGAUUAUUUUCAGAUUUUUUGCUGUUGUGUCCCCCAAACCCUUUUUAUAUCAUCAACAUUUCUCAGAACAUAAGAUGACGGUAGCUCCUAUAUCGAUGUUUAGAUAUAUGUAUACAUAUAUAUCCAGGAGCCCUACUGAAGAUAGACCUUGGACUACUCUUAAAAACAUACUUUAUCAGUUCAUGGCAGGGAAAAAUUAAUGUAUCUAACUACAUGUAUCUAUGAUGUGAAAUUCUCAAUAGGCCUACAUAAUGUCACAGAUUAGCAAAAGCUAGGGGGUCAUACCAUUUCCCAUCGAUGUGGGUCUGGGGGUCUCCCCCAGGAGAAUUUUGUUUUCUAGAACGCCCGAGACGCGUUCUCCCGUGUUCUGGCAUCAGUUUCAAUGGCGCUUUAAAAGCAAGAAAAUAUUAUUUUCCCCUAUUAUUUUACAAAUAUUUUGCUUUUUAAUAUUUUAUAUCAUA